CGCUGUCCGCGGUGCUGAACACAGAUCAGACUCACGCGCGCGCAUGUGUCUGUCUGGUCUGAUGAGAAGCAGGUCCGUCAUGUUGAUGUGUGAUUGACUGAUGGAUCGAUAGAUCAUCUGACAGCCGAUUCUUCUGGGGUUCAUCAUCCGCGCGCGCUCAGGGCGGGUCGUGUGACGUCACGCGCGCCAUCAUCAGCAGAUCAGACGCUCGUGCGAGCCGCGCGACCGUGACGGCUAUCAUUGCGCUUCAAAAUCAUCAUUAAACAGCGCGAAUUGCGGCGGAAUAAAGGCGGCAGGCGCGAGGGGCAGAAUGUCUGUGGCGGGACUGAAGAAGCAGUUUCAUAAAGCGACGCAGAAGGUCAGUGAGAGGGUUGGAGGGGCUGAAGGCACCAAACUGGACGAUGACUUCAAAGAGAUGGAGAAGAAAGUGGACACUACCAGCAGAGCCGUUCUGGACAUCAUGACCAAAACCACAGAAUACCUGCAGCCAAACCCUGCGUCCAGGGCCCGGUUGAGCAUGAUAAACACCAUGUCUAAGAUCAGAGGUCAGGAGAAGGGUCCGGUUUACCCUCAGGCUGAGACCGUCCUGGCAGAGGCCAUGUCGAGGUUCGGUCGAGAGCUCGGAGAAGAGUCCUGCUUCGGUUUGGCUCUGUUAGAUGCCGGUGAAUCCAUCCGUGAGCUCGGAGAGGUGAAGGACGCUUUAGAUAUUAAUGUCAAACAGAACUUCAUCGAUCCACUACAAAACCUUCAUGACAAAGACCUCAAAGAGAUACAGCAUCACCUGAAGAAGAUGGAGGGUCGUCGUUUGGAUUUCGAUUAUAAGAAGAAGCGUCAGGGGAAAGUGACAGAGGAUGAGAUUAAACAAGCUCUGGAGAAGUUUGACGAGUCUAAAGAGAUCGCAGAGCAGAGCAUGUUCAACCUGCUGGAGAAUGAUAUCGAGCAGGUGAGUCAGUUGGCGGCUCUGGUUCAGGCUCAGGUUGAAUAUCAUCAGCAGGCGGCUGAGAUUCUCCAGCAGCUCUCUAGUAAGAUAGAGGACAGAAUAAAGGAGGCGUCUAGUAAACCACGGAAGGAGUUUGUCCCUAGACCCCGUAUGGAACUUCAACUGCCCAGCGAGAAUUACAAUGGAGGUUUGAAAUCAUCUGCACACUCGCCAGCUCCGUUGGAUCAGCCGUGCUGUCGCGCGCUCUAUGACUUCGAGCCCGAGAAUGAGGGAGAGCUGGCCUUCAAAGAGGGUGACGUCAUAACCCUGACCAAUCGGAUCGAUGAUAACUGGUACGAGGGCAUGAUCCACGGCCAGUCGGGAUUCUUCCCCAUCAACUACGUGGAUAUCCUGGUUUCUCUGCCGCAUUAGGCUCUGUUGCCUAGCAACCCAACUUUAUUGUGCAUCUGUGCAACAGCUUAACCUCCUGUUCCUGUCGAUGAGCGACUCUGAGGAUGACAACAGACACAUCUGAGUGAAGAUAGUGUGUGUGUGUGUGUUCCUUGUGGUUUUGUUGUUAUUGUGUUUCAUUGUUUGUAGUUGCCUCUCAGUUAUGGUUUGUUUGUUUUCUCCUCCUUCCUCUGUGUUCUGCUGCAUGGGACACGCGCUGCCUGAGCUUUAUGUUUUUCUCACCUCCUCAUCUCUUCUAUAUUUGACCACUAGGCUUUACAUGAAUGCUGAUUUGUCAUCUAGAAAAGCACACACCUCGCUCUUCACGAUCGCUCUUUCCACAUUCAGAUCAUUUUAAAUCACAAGGUUCAAGAUGUUGGAUCAAUAGCUUUAUUUAGAUUACGAGCACCUGACAAUAUCACGUACAAUCUCACAGAUGCGUAGGAGAGAUCCCUGUCGGCAGGUUUAUCUCAUGUGUCACGCUAUGAACUCACAUUGAUGGUGAAUUAUGAUGAUGUUAAAGCUCUUCUGAUUGACUCUUUCUCAUGAGUGGACGUCUGGUUGGAUUUGUUGUCGUCACCUUGAUCGUUUGAAGUGUAAUGUGAAAUUGCGCAAUAAGGAUCGUUGGUGUUUUUUAGCUGUGAACAGAGAGUCUAGAGAUCUGUCUGAAGCUGGAACACUUGUGAAACCAGCCACCGUCACAAAUCAACGUUACAUUUAUCCUUCGGUUGGUUUAGAUGAUGACUUAUUUUUAGCCUAAGUGUUUGAAACCGCAAUGGCAAGAUUGUGUUGAAGCGAUUGCUGUAUGUGGCUGUGUGAGUGUUGACGCUCUCAGUACAGUGGAAUAUUGUGUAGAUUCUGGUGUAGGUUUAGUUGUUUGUGGCAUGAUGAGCGCUUCAUAUAAUCUUGACAAUCUCGAUGGCGUCUGUAGAACAGGCCCGGGUGUAGCAGGCAUCUGUCCUCGUGUGCCGAUCAAUCGGAUCAGAGUGUCUGACCUUCACUUGACCUCUGCCGUGACCCUUUCAUGAAGUUUUGUGCAGUCGGGGGUCCAGCGUUUAAGACGUCAACACUGCCAAACAUAUCCUUGUGUUUUCUAGUACAAAUAUGCACAAAUUCCAAAUUCAAGACAUUUACCUGAGAAGCAAAGCCAGAUAUUAGGACUCAACUGUAUUGUAAAUGUAUCUUGAUUUAAAAACGUUUCAAUUUAUACUGCAAACUAGACAAAAUACAGGGUAAGAAAAGCAUUUCAGUGAAUAUCAUCUUUUCUCUACGCUUCGUUCAGUUUUGAAUCACAUCUGCAUUUUAAUCAGAUCAACACAAAAAUAAAGGAUUUAUGUUUUGUAUAGUGAUCAUGUUCGACCACACUUUUUAGAUUAUGAGACUAAAUCAUGUUGAUUAGAAAUGUGCAGUAUUAGUAAGGAUUGUGACAGAUGCCCUCUGCAAGUUUCUGUCUCAUGAUCAGGCAAUAAUACCGAUGUCUCUAUACAAGCGGUGGUGCAUGAAAACACUCAAUCUUUCCGUUUUCACAUUGAACUACCCUCUGAUGUGUGUGUGUGUGAACGCCUGAAUGGCAUAUGGAGUAUAAAUGUUUUGCACAAUGUGAAGGUGGAUGUAAUGUUGACGUUAUUCACAUUACAGAGGUUCACAUUUAUGAAUCCUUUUAUUAUGGUGUUUGUAUACCACGUAUUUAUUUAGAUUGUUCUUGUGCUGGAUUACAAACAUCUGUAUGGCUUGAUGUGAGAACAAUAAACACAAUGUCACAA